UAAAUACAUAUUUUUAAUAAAGUUCUGUCAGACGUUUUUUUAGUUAACGGCUUUCAUUUAACAUUGCCGCUUUGUAAGCAAUCGAACAUUUAAGCCAAUUAUAAAUAUCACUGUGCAUUUCACAGAACUAUACUAUCUAUUUUCAUAGGUAGCAGCUCCACUAGCGACCCUUAAACUAAGGGAAGGUUUUUAAUGCGUAGUGGGUACCGUCGUAUUUCAAUAAUUUCUAUCCGGUCCGUUAAGCCUUUACUGAAAUGCAGUUUUGGCUGACCAAUGAAAAUUCACAAUUUAACUGCAGCAAUAUUGGUUGCACUUGCCAUCUCGUUCUUAUGCACUGUAAAAUCGCAUUGUUUCUCUCGAACCACUGGUUAGGUCGUUUCGCCAAUAAACGAUCAGCAAGCCAGAACGAACGAGACUUCGAAAGAGUGAGUCGUGUGCGAGCGAUCAUUCAUUGCUCGCUCGUUAAGUUGUCGGCACUUGGCUUGGCGGCUGGUCGCGCGCUGUCCGUAGUUGUACGCCUGCGAUCGUAAUCAACUCUCUUAUCGCGCGUCUUACCGCAAAUACAAUAAAUUCUAACUAAAUAUUCGAAUUAUACGUCAACAUGAGACACACCGAGUCUUAAUAAUACAUUGAGACACAAUCACACAGACCGUAAUUUUAAAAUGUUACACAAAAUCCGAGUUCUUUGAGUUGGUUUUAAGAUAAAUCUUUCGGUGUUUCGAUCUCACUAUUUUCUUAUGACAGACAAUCAAACAAGAACGUUGUGUUUAGUUUAAGUUAAGUUCGUAAUAGAAUAAUAUGCAACAAUGUGGUUUCUGCUCAAUGAUUUCUGGUCUCCUACGCCGAGCAAUGUGCGUUGGGAGUCAACGCGGUAGCAGUGACUCCUAUUACCGUGAGCUUGGGGACCAGGACACACUGUCUGUCUUGUUUCAGAAAAUCGAGGACAAGUCUUCCGAUUUUUCAGAUGAUGCCGAGGAGGAGACCAGCAUGUGCAAUGGCCGUCGUGAGGAGGCUAGCCCGGCGUCGUCCCGAGGACACGCCGCCGGCCACAUUGAAACACAAAUAGAUGUAAUUAUAGAACCAGUUAAGAUACCGGAGGAAAAAUUCCCGGAAUUAGAAAAUAUGAAGCCAAGGAACCUGAGCGCGAGCCGGUUCCUGACGAUGCAGAGGCGGCGCAAGCGGCGCCUGCUGACGCGCACGCUCAACAAGGAGCACGCGCUGCUGGACGACCUGUCCGCCGGCCAGGUGCAGUGCAUCCUGAAUCAGUCUGUACAUUGGCACUUCAAUGCGUUCACGCUUGAAAAUGUAUCAGGGGGGAGGUGUUUGCCUGUGCUGUGCAUCCACCUGUUCCAGCUGUACGGCCUCCUGUCGCACUUCAAGCUGGACGCGGCGAAGGCCUGGAAGCUGUUCACAUUGAUCGAGGAGGGCUACAUCAGCACCAACCCCUACCACAACUCGAUACACGCGGCCGACGUCACGCAAGCCAUGCACUGCUUCCUGCAGCAGAAACAGAUCCGUGACCACUUGACCCCGCUGGAGAUAAUGGCGUCGCUGCUGGCUGCCAUAGCCCACGACAUGGACCAUCCCGGCGUGAACCAGCCCUUCCUGAUCGCCACGUCCAAUCAUCUCGCUGCUUUAUACCGGAACACAUCGGUGCUCGAGAACCACCACUGGCGAUCCGCUAUGAGCUGCCUCAUCGAGAGCGGGAUCCUCGACCAGAUGCCGUCGGGGCGCACCACGCUGGAGAACCAGAUCAGCUCCCUGAUCCUGGCCACUGACAUCACACGCCAGCAGGAGUACCUGAGCCGGUUCAAACGUCACCUCGACACCAACACCUUGGAUAUGAAGAACAGCGAGCACAGGCAGUUGGUUCUCCAGAUUGCGUUGAAAUGCGCCGACAUCUCGAACCCCUGCCGUCCGUGGGAGAUCAGCAAGAAAUGGAGCCUUAAGGUCUGUGAGGAGUUCUUCCGCCAGGGAGACUACGAGAGGCAGCUCAACCUGCCCGUCACAGCGCUCUGCGACAGGCACAACACAUCUAUACCCAAGAUUCAAACAGGUUUCUUCAAGUUCGUGGUGACGCCUCUGAUCUCAGAAUGGCACAGAUUCUUGCACAAUGAUCUAUCGACACAGAUGCUAAACAAUCUCGUAUACAACCAACAUAAGUGGGAGGCAAUGAUACAUGACGAGGUGAACGAGGAGACUCGCACUGAGAUAUCAGACGCAGAUAUGGUCGAAGAUGACAUCGAGACGUUGUCGGGAACUAACAUGUCUGAUAGCUCGGAGCUCUUGCUGCCCCCGCGUAGAAGUUCCCAGCCCAGCAAGCAAAACUCGUUCAAAGAGCAACUCAGACGGUUCUCGGUGCCGCUGAAUGUAUUCCAAGAUAGUAAAUUCAAGAAUAAAGCUCGCGCCUCUUCCUUGGCGGAACCGCGCACCCGCGGCCACGGCAGCCGCACAAGCAGCGAGCACUCCAUACACUCACAGCUCAGUGCUCGUGCGCAAGGUGAAAGUGCAGCUGAACCCGCCGAAAAGGUUCUUAGCUCAGAAAAUCUGCUGCCUGAAUCCACCAUAGCAUCUAUAACCACACCAGUACAAGCUACACUUCUCAACACAGUCAUUAAGGACGGCAGCUGGAAACUCGUCCGGCAACAGACGUUCCCUCCUCUGGAGACGAAGUCUCGAGAACAUUCUCUUGCCACUCGGCCGAUGUUCACAAGCAAUGAGGAUGCUAUUAACUUAUCACGAUUCAGACCCGACUUCUUAAGGCUUGAUUCAGGACCAGGCAAAAAAGAUCCUAAAUUUAGCAACCUUUACGUGAGAGAUACCGAAAAGACUGAAACUGACGAUGCUUGUCGAUCUAAUGUAGAAACUGCGACACCGCCGCAGAACUUAGAAAAGGAAAACAAAGAACCAAAGCCGAGCCGUAAAGAGUCGAGCACAGUAGGAAGUCAAUUGCGUGAUAACUUGACGUCUAUGCCAUUGGGACUUGAUUCAGACCCGCUGCUGCGAAGACGUAAAUCCAUGCCCACAGAUGUACUUGCCUUCAGUGAGUCACUAUCUCCCAAAGAGAAGAAGAUGCGUGAAGUGCCAACGGCUCUGCCCCAGUUCCUUCGCCGCACUAUGUCCGGGAAGGAGGCUUGGACCAGGCGACGUGGAUCCGCUCCGUCGCCAGUGGCGCCAUCAGAGCUGCGAGGACUCGCUGCUCUGGGCUCUAUGCGACACAGCGUGAACGGGGGCCGCAGGAAGCCCAGUCCCAUCGUGACGUGCCAACAAUGGCUAGCCAAGGCCACGUACAGUGUACAGGAGCGCACGCUCCAGCAGUUCCCUCGCCGAAGCUCACUGCCCGUUGAGGUGAUGACAGGUAUUUCAUCACACUGACUCCGCUGAAUCUAAAUAGUGUUCGCUUGAGCCCCAAGGGGCUCACCCUAACGAACAAUGUGAGGACUUAUUUUUAACCGAAGCCGAUAUUAUGUAUGUGGACGAUAGUGUAGAGUCUGAACGAGACUAUUUCCCGUCUGAUGAUGAAGACGGUUUAGAGGACGAAGCCACUGGUUAUGACGACGGGCUGGCAGACCUGGCCGAGGCGGGAGCGCAUGACGAGGACCAGGCCAGCGGCCUGCCCUCGCCCAGCGAACCCCGGGAACCCUCCCACUAAACAACUCUUGAUCAACUCUCAAAAGUGACUGUAGCUUUAACAUUAAGUAUGUAUAUAUCAGUAAUAUUAUUAUCCACGAGCAGGGAACAUAAGGUGCUU